AUGAAGGACCUUGGCAAAUUGAAAUACUUCUUGGGCAUUGAAGUUGCCCGGAAUGACACUGGCUUCUACCUCUCUCAGUGCAAAUACGCACUAGACAUUAUCGCCGAAGCUGUUUUGUUAGGCGCCAAACCAUGCUAUGUUCCGUUGGAACUUAACCACAAGCUUCUUGAAGCUGAUGAACCACUUGCGAAUGCAAAGCAGUAUCGUCGGCUUGUAGGACGCCUGAUUUACUUGACUACUACGCGACCAGACCUUGGGUAUGUGGUGCAUAUUCUUUCGACUUUCAUGCAGAAACCUUUGUUACCUCAUUGGGAGGCAGCUCUCCGGGUUGUUCGUUACCUUAAAGGUUCUCCAGGACAAGGCAUUUUGCUCAAAGCCAAUGACCCUUUGCAGAUAAGCGCUUAUUGUGAUUCUGAUUGGUCUUCAUGCCCGGUCUCUCGCCGCUCCCUCAGUGCAUAUAUCAUUUUCAUUGGUGAUUCUCCUGUCAUUUGGCGUGCCAAGAAGCAAGAUGAUGUCUCGCUAUCCUCUGCAGAGGCGGAAUACCGUGCGAUGUCAGUCAUGGUAAAGGAGCUAAAAUGGCUUAAAGAACUCUAUGAAUCGUUCACUCUCUCGCAUCCUCUCCCAAUGCGUCUAUACUGUGACAGUAAGUCUGCUAUUCAUAUUGCUUCAAAUCCAGUUUUCCACGAGCGUACUAAACAUAUCGAGAGAGAUUGUCAUUUUGUUCGCGAUGCAUACAAAGCUAAGCGCAUCUCUCUUGAACAUGUUACUUCCAAGAAUCAACUUGCGGACAUGCUGACUAAGUCACUCCCUCGUCCAAUGUUCGAAGAUCUUUUGUCCAAGUUGGGUAUGUGCAACCUUACACUUCCAACUUGA